AUGGCAAAGUUUGCCAAGCAGUGUGGGGAGCUUCAUGCAGGUGGAGGAGGUGGCAUUGUACUGAGCCGACCCCUGGUCGAGUUUCUCCUGAACCUCGAGGACUUGUUUCUCCAGCUUUGCAGGCAUGACGAUGCUUUUCUGGGUCACUUGCUCCGCUACGUUCUGGACGUCCAUGUUAUGGCCCUGCCCGGGAUCCUGCAGGAGCCUCGUUUUGAGCAGCUUCGCUGGUCUGGACCCGGGCUACCACCUCGAUGCCCGUUGCCGCUGCCCCCUUCAGUCUACUCUCCUAUGGAGGAUUGGGGGCCCCUGCAACCAUUCGCCCCAAUGGACGCGGCACGGUUGGGUCUUGUCCAUGCAGAUCCUGCAACAUGGCCGCUCUUGGCGGCGCUUCCGGAGCUGGUGGAGGCCACAUCGAAGCAGGGCCUGCGCCUGCUCGUCUACGCUGACUCGCAGGGGCAUCGCAUAGUUUACCCCCAUUUUCGUGGAGCCACGACUCUUGCCGUGUGUUCCUAUGAGCAUGCGGAGAGGCUGCUGUCUUUCCAGGCAUCUGUGGCAACUCAGGAUUCCUGA